CGCAUGCGCAAUAGUCUCUCUGACCCCUGAACUUGUGUUGUUACAUAUCUUGCCUAGCCACCGAAAUGCUCGACUUUGUGAUCUUCGCCUUCACUGCAGUAGUGGGUCUUAUUGUGAUCCUGCUCUUUUGUUACUUCAGUGGGUCAAACAGCAAAGCAAAGCCUGUGUUGAUCAGUGCUCAGUCCACUGAGACCAUACCACGAUGGAACGAGCCGCCCGCUCAUGAAGAGAAAGGAGACCUAGAGGUAAUGAUGACCAAGUAUGGAAGUCUUCAUCAAUUCUUGCUUCAUCUCCAUGACAACGGUAGGGUCCCCGUAUCGUCCUUCUGGUGGGGUAAGACUCACGUGGUCACUCUAUGCAGCCCUCAAGCAUUCAAAGAGAGUGUCCUCUUUGUCAACAGGCCCCGAGAGCUGUUUUGGGGGUUUGAGCCACUCAUCACAAAAUACAGUAUUCAGUAUGCUAAUGAUGAAGACUGGGUUCAAAGGUCAAAGCUUCUCUUCCCCACCCUCAAGGGAGAAGACCUCAAAUCUUACUUUCCCCACUUUGUCCAAAUUGCUCUGGAGACGGAGGUUGUUUGGGAAAACUUAUCUUCUACUGAAGAAGUUCUUAUACGAAAACAUGCCUUCCCCAUUGCCAUAAAAGGAAUCACUCGUAGUUGCCUUGGCGAUAUAUUUGAGAAUGAUGAUGAACUUCGUCGGCUCACUGAUGCGUACCACAUCUGCUGGAGAACAAUGGAGGAGGGUGCUCCGGAGAGUGGCUCUGAACGAGAGAGGUUGUUCCUCACAGCCAGAGGUGUGAUAGAGGAGAUCAUCCGCAAGAUAGUAGCAGCUCGUAGAGAGGGCAAAGGUCACCAGGACAUCCCGUUUAUCGACGCCAUGUUACAACACUACGACUCGGAUGAUAAAAUUACGGCUGACGUAAUCAGUUUUCUGGUGGGAGGAUUCCAUACCUCGGGAUACAUGAUUACAUGGUUGCUAUGGUAUUUGGCAGACAACCCACAGUCACAGGAUCGACUGUGUGCUGAGAUUGUUCAUGAGACUAGUGGGGGGAGGGGAGACGCACUCCAGCAAUACGCCCUCAGGACAGACACGUACCUUCGCCAGGUUCAGGAUGAGACCAUUCGACUCAGUACUCUGGCUCCAUGGGCUGCCCGUUACGCGGCACAGGAUGUGGGUGUGGUCGGAUAUAAAAUCCCACGUGGGACUCCGAUGAUCCAUGCUCUGGGGGUGGGGCUAAAGAAUCAGGUCGUCUGGGGAGACACUGUCGACAAAUGGGACCCUGACCGAUUUGACCCCAAAGGUCGUCGUGGUAACGAGUUUUGUCCGUUUGGUGUGCACAGUAAACGCAAAUGUCCUGGUUACCAGUUCUCGUACUUUGAAGUGGGUGUGAUCAUUUCCAUCCUCCUCCAGCGAUUUACAAUAGUUCCCGUCCCCGGACAGGAUGUCAUACAGGUACACGGCCUUGUGACUGAGCCGAGGGAUGAUAUCAGAGUGUACAUUACCUCCAGGGACAGGGGAGACUAAUGAGUAGCAGCUGACUCAUGGACAAACUGAUUUAGUUCAGAACAAUUGAAUUUGUGAAACCAAAGAGUAUUAUUGUAGAAAAUUGCGAUUGUAUAUAAGUGGCUGAAACUUAUGUUUUGCAUUGAAUCAGUUCAAGUUAA